UCCAGAGAUAGUCGGUCAGCGGCACCACCACCACCUCCGCCAUUGGAUUCUACCAAUCACAUGCAACACCAAAGCACACCGCUCGCUAGGCUUAGUCCAAGCAGUGAACUUAGUCAACAGUUACCCAGAAUACUCACGUUGAGAGACAUAAGCGGUAAACCACUUCAGACGGCACUGUUGGCCACCUCGUCGUCAGGCGUGGUGAGCAAAGACUGUCCUAUGCACAGCAACAGUGAACGGAGCUUGAACAGUCCGGUAAUGAGCGGUCACAGCCUGUCUGGCAGUGGUAUGUCCGGCGGCGGUGGUGGAGGUGGUGGCGUGGUCGGGAGCAAUAGUGGCGGUAGCGGCGGAGGCGGCAGUGGCGUGGGCAGUGGUGGGCGAUCGCAGUCGCAGCUACAGCAACAGCAACAGCACGGCCGACCACCCAGUCUGGGGAGCACGGUGGACGUUGUGUCAGGGACGGGCGGCAGCGGUGGACGGCCGUCCAACAUAAUGGUGGACGACCACGCACACCUCCGCCGGCACCAGCAGCAGCAUCACCGGCAGAACGACGAUGAUGACGACGACGACACCGGUACGUCAACUUCGUCGGACGAGAGUGGUAACGACUCGUUCACGUGCUCGGAAAUUGAGUACGAUAACAACAGCGUGUCGGGCGAGAAGCUCAGUGACGUAAUAUUCAACAAGAUCGGCAGCAGCGGUGGCAAGAGCGCGUCCGGGUCGUCGGACAGGGACUCUCAGCGCCGCCGCCGGUUGCCGCUCCCGUCUCAGCUCCCACCUUCGUCGUCCUCGUCGUCCGACGCCGCAGUCAUGGCGGCCCAACACCAGCAACAGCAACAGCACCAGCAACAGGAACAAAUGCAGGCGGCCGCGGGUUAUGACACGUUCGACUCUUCGUUCAGGGGCUCUCUGAGCACGCUGGUGGCGUCCGACGACGACGGGCCGAUGUACCGUAACGUCCGGACGCCCAACAACAACCCGUCCGAAUCGUCCAGCAUACCAGUGGGCCUUGGCUGGGAUUACCUGCUCAACUGGGCCCCGUCCAACAACGGCAUGAGGCCAAUCAUGCAGCCGCCGUCGCCGUCGUCACCUUACACCGACCACGAUCACCACUUGCACCACCACCAUCACCACGUUGGCAGUGGUGUUGGUGGUGGCAUCGGCAAUGGUCAGUCGGCCGCUGACUCUGCGGCGGCGAGAACGGGCGAAGGUACAUCAUCGUCCAGACAGUCACCAAAGUCUCCGGAAGAGUACGUCUGACGAAAAUGACGACAACGACUGCCGCGACCAUAUUGAGCAAUAAUAAAAAAUAUGUCGCGUCCGGUCGACGCAAACGGUGCUAGUCCAAUAUAUUAUUCCCGUCCCCCGAGCAGUCACCAUUAUUAUUAAUUAUUAUUAUUUUUAUGUAUUUUAAUUCCUGUCUCUUUCGAAUCACUUUUUUUUAUAUUUUUAUACUCUUAAGUAAUUUUACUACCUUGUAAAUGUGUAAUUAUUAUUAUUAUAAUAAUAUAAAAAAGUAUUAGGUACAUAAUCGUGUUCUGUACAAAAUAUUUUAAUCAUAUGUACAAUUUUCAUAAAUAUAAGAUGCCUAUUAUAAAUAAAUAUAAACAUAUAAUAUUAUAGUCGUAGACAUAUAUAUGUAUAAACUAUAUACAAAGAUACGUGUUUCGCGAUUGUACAUAAUAUUUGUGCCAUAUAGUUUUGUAAGUAAAAUAUGUAUAUAUAUAAAAAAAUAUGUGUACCAAUGAAUAAAAAAUUGACUGAUUUU